ACAAGAGUGUAAGAAAACGUUUGAAAAACUUGAUGAUCAACGUAUGAAGAUCAGAUCAGUUAAAUAUAUAAAUCGUCAAGUUCCCAAAAGUGAUCAACACAUGAGAACCUAUCAAACCUAUCAAACCUGGUGUUCGAACCAUCAAUUCUCAGAACUUCCAAUCACCUUCACGAAAGCAUUCUUAUGGACGGAAUUAUAUUUAAGAUCAUAUUCAGUUCAUCAUCUUAAGAUGAUGCGUAGGAUUCGAGAAUUAAAUUGGUUUAGAAGUCAAACUAUCUCCCAUGGGUCUGAUGAAGAUUCAUUUUGGCCUGAUUUCUUUUGGAAUGAAUAUUUUCAAGAUCAUCGGUUUCCGAUUGUUUUCAUUACCAAAGGUGGUGAUCCUCGUCGAGUGGCUUAUCCUAGGAAAAAUAUCAAUCAAAUGAAUAAAUUUCCAGCACCUAUGCCACCUCAAAGGAAAAGAGAAACGGAUUUAUCACCUACUAUAGCUUCUGGUAGUUCAAGUGGUCAAAAAACUUUGAAAGGUGGACAUCCAAUUUGUUAGGUUUGAACUUCUUUCUCAUGAAUUGGAAAGCCCAACAUAUUUGUCAAAAUUGGUUAACGAUUCUUGAUUAACUUUGACGAGAGUCUGAUGGAAAUAGGAAUGACGAUUAAACCUGAAUUGUUGAUUCUAUGAAUGUGUUUGUUUGUAAAUGUAAGAUGAUAAAUUCACUGUAUUAGAGAGAUUAUGAAAUGGAGGUAAAGAAGAAAGUC